UAUACACUCACACAUAACCACCCAAACGUCUAUACGUGUAGUGUACUCCUAUUAACACUCCGCCCCUUCCUAUUCUCUUUCUUUAUUUAAGACUCUUUCUUCUUUUUCUUCCUCUUCUUCCUUUGUUAUCUCAUCUCUGAGCGUGAGCUGUUUGUUAGUAAGAAUGUGUGGAAUACUUGCUGUUCUUGGUUGCUCCGAUGAUUCUCAGGCCAAAAGGGUUCGCGUCCUUGAGCUUUCUCGCAGAUUGAAGCACCGUGGCCCAGAUUGGAGUGGGCUCUAUCAGCAUGGGGACUGCUAUUUGGCUCAUCAACGCUUAGCCAUUAUUGAUCCUGCUUCUGGGGAUCAACCCCUUUUUAAUGAAGACAAAGCCAUCGUCGUCACGGUGAAUGGAGAGAUUUACAACCAUGAAGAGUUGAGGCAGCGUUUGCCUAAUCACAAGUUCAGAACGGGCAGUGAUUGUGAUGUAAUUGCUCAUCUGUAUGAAGAAUAUGGGGAAAAUUUUGUGGACAUGUUGGAUGGAAUGUUUUCCUUCGUCCUUCUUGAUACUCGUGACAAUAGUUUCAUUGUUGCUCGUGAUGCUAUUGGGAUCACCUCCCUCUAUAUUGGUUGGGGUCUUGAUGGUUCCAUUUGGAUCUCAUCUGAAUUGAAAGGUCUGAAUGAUGACUGUGAACAUUUUGAGUGCUUUCCACCUGGGCAUUUGUAUUCCAGCAAGUUAGGUGGAUUAAGGCAGUGGUAUAAUCCACCUUGGUUUUCUGAGACUAUUCCCUCAACCCCUUAUGAUCCGCUUGCUCUAAGACAUGCAUUUGAAAACGCUGUAAUUAAAAGACUGAUGACUGAUGUGCCUUUUGGAGUUCUGCUUUCUGGGGGUCUGGAUUCAUCUCUGGUGGCCUCAAUCACGGCUCGCCACUUGGCAGGUACAAAGGCAGCUAAGCAAUGGGGAGCUCAGCUGCAUUCUUUCUGUGUUGGCCUAGAGGGUUCACCAGAUCUGAAGGCUGCAAAAGAAGUUGCAGAUUAUUUGGGUACUGUUCACCAUGAAUUUCAUUUCACUGUUCAGGAUGGUAUUGAUGCAAUUGAAGAUGUAAUAUACCAUAUUGAAACAUAUGAUGUCACAACUAUAAGAGCAAGCACCCCUAUGUUUCUUAUGGCUCGGAAGAUUAAGGCGCUUGGAGUGAAGAUGGUCAUUUCUGGUGAAGGUUCGGAUGAGAUUUUUGGUGGUUAUUUGUACUUCCACAAGGCACCUAAUAAGGAAGAGUUUCACCGAGAAACAUGUCGAAAGAUAAAGGCCCUUCAUCAGUAUGACUGCUUGAGAGCUAACAAAGCAACCUCUGCAUGGGGUCUGGAAGCUCGAGUGCCCUUCUUAGAUAAGGAAUUUAUUAACGUUGCUAUGGCUAUAGAUCCUGAGUGGAAAAUGAUUAAACCAGAACAAGGACGCAUUGAAAAAUGGGUUCUCAGGAGAGCUUUUGAUGAUGAGGAACGUCCCUAUCUGCCCAAGCAUAUCCUAUACAGGCAGAAAGAACAAUUCAGUGAUGGUGUUGGCUAUAGUUGGAUUGAUGGACUCAAAGCUCACGCUGCACAACAUGUGACAGAUAAGAUGAUGCAAAAUGCUGUGCACAUCUUCCCUCAUAAUACUCCUACUACAAAGGAAGCCUACUACUACAGAAUGAUUUUUGAGAGGUUCUUUCCACAGAACUCAGCCAGGCUGACUGUUCCUGGAGGAGCAAGCGUAGCAUGCAGCACGGCCAAAGCUGUCGAAUGGGAUGCUGCGUGGUCGAAAAAUCUUGAUCCUUCUGGCAGGGCUGCAUUAGGUGUCCACCUAUCAGCUUAUGACCCACAGGUAGCUGCUGCAAGUGCAGGAAUAGUUACACCAAACAUCUUAGAUAGCAUGCCACGGAUGAUGGAGAUUAGCACUCCAGGGCUGACUAUCUCAAGCUAGCAGAUGAGAUGGGUAAGGCCUCAAGUAUGGAGUGAAUUUGUGUUAUCUAAAAUUAUAGUGCACUUGAUGUAAAAGUUGUUUAGUUGUGUAGAAGUUGCAAAAUAGUGUUACGUGAUUGUUGUAAAUCCUUUUGUAUUUGGAGUACCUUGUUGCUUUGAUGCAAGAAAGGUAUUUCCUCUUGUUUUCAUUACCUUGUUGUUUUGAUGCAAGGUAUUGAACUGUGUUUUCUCCAUCUAGUGUACUAAAUUUCAGUUUUAAUGCAAACUUUUUUAUGUCUAA